AUGCCCAAGAGAUCUGCAGGGUGCUUUGAGUGCAGGAAGCGGAAAGUUCGUUGCGACGAGACCAGGCCCGAGUGCAACACCUGCCUACGACGAGGCACGAAAUGUCCAGGCUACAGGCCGGCGCAAUCCUUCAUUCUUCACCAAUUCGACAACGAGACCGAGAGGCCGCACUUGAUCAGAGAGGACGAGGAACGCUACAGAUAUGCAUAUCAGACGCCAGCACCACCAACCUCGACAGCCUCAUCGAGGAAUAACUCUACAGCAACGCUGGUGGUAAGGCUUGAAAAGGCGCCCGCCGAGACGCAUGUGCCGAAACAAGUCAGCGCGAUCGCUGUCGAUCGCAUCCAGCAUCUGGGGACCUUCAUCAGGCUCUACUUACCAAGAGCUGAUGGCCCGGCGUUGCCGCCACCGUCAGCUCUGAUGCUUGCGCUACCAACCAUGCCCGCCAACAGCCAGGUGCUGCUUGCUGCCAUUGAUGCGUUGUCUGCAGCCCAGCUCGCUGUCAACGAUCGUGAUUAUGCUCUGGUCAAUCGGUCGCGGUCCAUGUACGGGACGGCACUAAGCCAGAUGCUGAGAGCCAUUCAAAAUCCAGUCCUAGCCUUGAAGGACGAGACCUUGCUCUCGACGUACAUGCUCACACUGUAUGAAGUAUUCGUCGGCGUCACGCAAGGCCACGGCUUCUUCUACCAUGUGCAGGGCCUGCUGCAUCUUGUCAGACAGCGAGGACCAGCAUCGUUCAACACCAGGUUGAGCCUGCAGAUCUUCCACGCCAUACGCUACAACUCGCUGAGCAUCGGCUACCACAUGCGCAAAGCCUCGCUCCUCGACAGCCCGGAAUGGCUCGCUGUCACCGCGCGUGCCGCCAAAGUCGACCCGUACGUCGCACUCAACGACAUCUGCAUCUGCAUCCCGCGCCUCCUCGAACGCACCGACGCACUCGGCAGCCCAGACAGUCCCGCCUCCGCACUCGACUCGGUGAUAUCCGACGCGCAAGCCCUAGCCACCCGCGCCUUCGACUGGCUCUCGUCGUUUGAAAAGUUCGGCCCGCGCUACGACAAAGUCGACAUCAGCAGCAUGGAAGCCUUCCUCGACACCAUCUGCGCCGACCGCGUCUUCGACCCGGUCUUCAACUUCCACUACUUCGGCGCCGGCAUCUGCUACAUGAUCUACUGGAUGAGCAUGCUGAUCCUGCAAUCCAACACGUUCAAGCUGCUGCGCACCCACGGCCGCCUCGAGCCCCGGCAGCUGCACGCGUGGGCGCAGCAGCUCGGGGGCUUCGCGGACGCCAUAUGCAGGAGCGUUCCCUUCCACUGCCGGCCCCAGACGGGGUACACGGCCAAGUUCGGCAGUCUGACUCCGUUGGUCGUCGCGCGUCACUUCUUCGAGAGCGCGCCGGGGAUGCAGAGCAAGGCGCGGUGGUGCGCGGAUGUGUAUACGGCUGCGAGAGUGCCCGGGCUGUAUCAGGAGACGCCCGUGUCGCUGGAGCCGUUCGAGGCCGUGCAGAGCACGGUGCAGGGGGACAAGAGGUUCAUCUAG